AUGAGUCUCAUUCCGACUCUCGCUAUAGGAACAACAAAUACCCAUUGGGCCACCGUAUUAGUGGCUUACGUUGAAUGGGCUUACUUAUCAAACCAAAUAAACGAAAAUGUCUACGAAUCCAUUACUGGAAAGAUUAAAAGUCUUGCAACGGGAGUACCAAACCCACAUUAUAAGGAUUUCAUAGUAUCUCUAAAAAAGAUUUUAACCUCGGCUGAUGAAGCCAAAGUCGUGGAUAUCAUAAAAGAGAGUUGUAUUGUCAGUCUUACAAAUAAACUUUUGGUUAAACAGACAAACGAGUGGGUGAUUAAGAAGUUGUAUGGACAUAGAAACACCCUUAGAGAUCUGGCUCUUGAUAAUAAAUACUUGUUCCAACUUAAAACUCCAGAAGUUACCACCCUUGGUUAUAGGUUUGGUUCGUAUUACACUACCCUUGCCGCUCUCCUAGAAAAGGUAACGUUUGAUAGAAGAUAUGUAGAGAUGGUUAAUAAUAAUGACUCCUUGGGGUCAUUCGUUGAUGUUCAUAAAGGUCCGUUCAUUGAUAGCAAUUCGCCACCUGCGCAAGAUUUUCUGGCAAAGAAACUUGAGCUAUUUAAUACAGCUACUUUCUCUAAAACUAAAACAAAUUGGUUUGUAGAAACACUUUGUAGUCUUGCUGAAUUUGGAGAUUUUGUAGUUAAUGAUUUGAAGAGCAUGUAUGAUCUUGGCGAAGUGUUGUUCGACAAGGAUUCGCUCGAAUCAGCAGGAAACGUGGCCAGUAAGGUAUUGACACAUCACUCUUCCGGUUUUUGGUUGACAUUUGAUGAUUAUAAAGAGAUAAUAUCUCUGUUGCAUGAUCUAUUUUCUAAAUUGGAUAAUCUUCUCAAGCACCUUGACAUAAAGAAAUCUGUUAUUGAAGAACAUCUGGUAGCAGUUAGCUUUAAUAAGGAUAAAUACCUGAUUGAGUUGGAGUCCUUAUUUGCGAGGAUUUUUGAUGGUGAGAGGAAGAGAGAAGUCUUUGAUGAAAUUUUCCAUGAGGCGCCAGAGGUAGACAAUAUGAUUUAUAGAGUCGCUCAACAACUGAAUAAUGAGUAUAGGCAUGAAACAAAGCCAGUAUGUUGUGUUGGAUUUACAGAAGGUGUUGUUCUUUUCUUGGGGAAAAUUAUUCCUUUAUUGAACUUCCCUCUCAGCAUGAUAACAGUUAAAUUUUCAUUCUAUGGCUCUGAUACUAAAGCAGACAAAAACAAGCAAGUAGAAUUAGAAUUUGAUGAGUCCAAAUACAAUGGGAAAAGAGUUCUUAUUUUUGAUGAUUUGUUGGAACAGGGCGUCACUACCGUAAAAUUUAUUGAACAAGCAAAAGCAAAGGUAAAGGCUAUUGAUUACAAAGUUUGCGUAUUAUUCACCAAAAACUUACCAGAAAACGUAUAUGGUGAUCCUGAAUUUGUGGGAGGUAUACUUCCCAAUGUAUGGGUUGUAGGAUAUGGUUUUGAUACCUUGUUCAAACAUAGAAAUGCUGAUGCUGUAGGUUCCAUCAAGGAAGAAUUUAAAACAGAAUAA